UUGUGUUGAUGUGUAGUAUGAUUGUGUUGUGUUUGAACGAUUACUUUUUCAACGUACCGAAGAAUAAAAUAAUAAAUGUUAUAAUUACAUUAAAUCGUUCAAGUUACUUCAUUGUAUUUUGAGUCUCUAAUUCUUCUAUCAAGUAUUCUCAAAAAUAGCAGACAUGUCUACUACAUCGCAGAAACACAACAAUUUUGUAGCAGAACCAAUGGGUGAUAAACCUGUUACGGAUCUUGCUGGAGUAGGAGAAGUAUUGGGACGUAGAUUAGAAUCUGCAGGUUACGAUAAGGCAUAUGUAGUACUAGGACAAUUUUUGGUUCUCAAAAAGAACAGGGAAUUAUUCCUAGAAUGGAUGAAAGAUGUAUGUUCUGCGAAUGUAAAGCAAUCAAGCGAUUGUUACCAGUGCAUCUCUGAUUGGUGUGAAGAAUUUUUGUAAAGUAAUUAUAAGGGUUAAUGUUAAUGUUACAUGAACAAAAUUAAAUAAUAUAGCAGAA